AUGAGCGAGGAUACCGAGGAUCCAUAUUACAACGACUCAGAUAAUGACCCUGUGUACCAACAAGAGAGUUCGAGUACUGGCAGUAGUGUAUUGACUUUCAACGAACCCAGAACAAAAAGACGUAGGAUUGAGAAGCUGAAACUUCAAGAUUUAUUGAAAAAGCAUGCUAAUCUUUAUAAUAAAAAAGACAGUAGAAAUAACAUGGAAAGAACUAAUGUUAAAGAAUCUCCUUUGUUGAAUGGAAGAAAGAAACUACCAAAUCCUUCAAAUUGGAAAAGAGCCAAACAGAAGAUUUUGAGGUAUAGUUUAAAGGGAUUACCUGAUGCUCCUUCAUGUGACCACAGAGGGAAGAAAAAUUGCAGUUUAUUGAAGAUGCAAGAUAUAAAUAGGUUUUAUAGUGCAUUUUAUUCUGAAAAAACAAAAGCCAGCCAAGAUGCUCUUAUUCUUAAGUAUUUCACAGCAGAACAACCAAAAAGAACCAGGCCAGGAGACGGAUCAAGACAUACUAAAGGCGUAACCUGCCAAUAUUGUAUUGAAACAACAGCAGAAAAUAGAUUAGAGAUAUCUAGGAACACGUUUAUUAAUGUAUUGGGAAUCACAAAACACAGAGUUGAAGGUGUUUUGACAAGAUUUAAAAAAGACGUAUGUCACAUCCCCGUGGAAACUUGA